UUAAAAGGCGCUGCGCCCCGGGUCCCCUGGUGUUCCUGUCCCCGGCGCGCCCUGUGCUGCCCACCCCACGCCAUGUGCGCCGCUCAGCUGGCGGGGGCCGCGGCCCCGCGCUCCGUGCACGCGUUCUCCGCGCGCCCGCUGGCCGGCGGGGAGCCCCUGAGCCUGGGCGCCCUGCGGGGCAAGGUCUUGCUCAUCGAGAACGUGGCCUCGCUCUGAGGCACGACGGUGCGCGACUACACCCAGAUGAACGAGCUGCAGCGGCGCCUCGGGCCGCGGGGCCUGGUCGUGCUCGGCUUCCCGUGCAACCAGUUCGGGCACCAGGAGAACGCCAAGAACGAGGAGAUCCUGAACUUGCUCAAGUACGUCCGGCCCGGCGGCGGGUUCGAGCCCAACUUCACGCUGUUCGAGAAGUGCGAGGUGAACGGCGCGCAGGCGCACCCCCUCUUCGUCUUCCUGCGGGAGGCGCUGCCCGCGCCCAGCGACGACCCCACGGCGCUCAUGACCGACCCCAAGCUCGUCACCUGGUCCCCCGUGUGCCGCAACGACGUGUCCUGGAACUUCGAGAAGUUCCUGGUGGGCCCGGACGGCGUGCCCGUGCGCAGGUACAGCCGCCGCUUCCCCACCAUCGACAUCGAGCCCGACAUCGAAGCCCUGCUGGCCCAGGCCCCCGGCAGUGCCUAGGGCGCCCGCUCACCCACCGGCCUCUGGGGGUGUUUAUCCAUGACGGUGUUGCCUCUAAACCUACGCGGAGGAAUGCCUGAUGUCCAGCCAAACCCCCCCAGAUGCGCCCUGGUCCUGCCCACCCCCGCCUCCCCCUCCCACACAUGGCUUUCACAAUAAACUGCCCGGUGUCCGCGGA